CGGGAGGCGGGAGGAGGGCAGUCGGGCCCGGCGGCGGAGCGCGGGGAGGCGGCGGGUCCCGCGGCAGCUGCGGUCGCGGCGGGCUCGGCGCGGCUGGUCCGGAUCCGCACCUGAGCAGGCCUUGGGUCAACGAGUAAGCUGAGUACACCCAACCAGAAGAGAAGCAAAGACGAAGGCAUCAUGGCUUCAAUGUCUACUCAUGGAAACCAAGAUAAAGGCCCCCAUUUGCCACCACCAAGCAAGCAGAGCCUGUUAUUCUGUCCAAAAUCAAAACUGCACAUCCACAGGGGAGAGAUUUCCAAGAUUAUCCGAGAAUGUCAAGAAGAAAGUUUCUGGAAGAGAGCCCUGCCUUUCUCCCUCAUGAGCAUGCUUGCCACCCAAGGGCUCGUCCACCAAGGUUAUUUAGCAUCUAACCCAAGAUUUGGAUCAUUGCCCAAAGUCGCACUUGCGGGUAUCUUGGGAUUUGCCCUUGGGAAGGCAUCGUACAUACGAGUAUGCCAGAGUAAAUUCCAUUCCGUUGAAGAUCAGCUACGUGGGGCUGGCUUUGGUCCAGGGCAUAACAGGCACUGCCUGCUUACCUGUGAGGAAUGCAAAAUUAAGCACGGAUUAUACGAGAAGGGAAGUUCCCAGCCUUCAGCUUCCUAAACGUGUAUCUACGGCUUCUGGAGUUUCUCCAACCUCUGAAUUUGAACACAUUCAAAAUUUCAAGUGUACUUUAAAAUAAUACACGUGUAGUGGAACAGACA